AUGCGGCCUAGCGCGUGCCGGCUCCCAAUCCGGAAAAAUCGCAAGCAGGAAAAGCAAAACGCAGCAAAAGUUCCAGCACAAACACGGCUUCCACACAUCGCGGCUCUCGCCUCUCCUUCUCCUCCAAUUGACGACCUGCCUCCCAUCGAUCGUGAGUGCCGCCAAUCUCUGUCGCACGGACAAUGCUGGUGCCUUGACACAAUGAAGUUCUUCGAGAACACCUUCAAUUACGACUACAGCUUCCCCGCCGUCUCGCUCGCCUUCUUCCUGCGCUAUCCCAAUCCCUACUCUCGCCACGUGCUCACCUCCGAUGUCAUCGAACGCUAUGUCGACCCGAAGACCCAGCGGCUGCAUACUACGCGGCUGCACUUGAAGCGGUCGAAAAUCCCGUCCGCGAUGCUGAAACUGCUGCCCAAGGGGAUCGGUGGCGCGGAUCACUCCGGCCAGAGCUUUAUCCUCGAGACCAGUGUAGUGGAUGUCAAAGAGGGCUGGAUGGAGACCGAGUCCCGCAACAUGGAGUGGACAGGGAUCUUGAGCGUCGUGGAAAAGCAGCUGUACUGCCGCUGUGUGCGAUCCGGUCACUUUGACGCCCCCGCGCCUUCGCUCUCGUCCGCCUUCAGCAUUGACGACAGGCGAGACGAAUGGACCACCGUCAAGACAACCGUCACCUUUCGAUCUCGACUGGGCCAAUCGAUGCUUACUCGGUCAAACAAGCCCGAUGCGGCUGCUGAUGCCGACGAAGAGCCGCACAAGCGAGGCUUCCUGGCGGCGUGGUCCACUGCUGGCUUGCAACGGACGAUUGAGCUGAUCGGGGUCAAGCGAACUCGGGAUGCUGUCUUCAAGAGCAAGCAGGGAAUGAACAUCGUCCUGGAGCGGUUACGCUACGGUGGAAUUGUGGCAGUGCUCGAAGGAAUGCGCCGGGAUCGCGAAGCCGUCGGGGGUGGUCACCCCGACGGUGCGUGGAAGCGCGUUUGGGCCCACGGUACGAACGGCGGCGGCAAUGGAGAGCAUUCCUUUCCGCACAUUGAGACCGACCACGCCGAUGACGACGCGUGA